UUCCGGAUAAUGGCGAAGAUGGUGAGAAGAACGUGUGCGUUCUGUUCAGAAGGGGAGGCUGGUUCUGUAAUGUAUGUUGCCAAAGAGCGAAAUGUUGCAGCUCAUCAGGAUUGUCUGUUAUUUUCCUCAGGAUUUGUGGAAUCUGAAGAGUAUAAUCCAGAAAACCUGGAUGUAAGGUUUGAUGUGGCAUCCGUGUUGAAAGAACUCAAGAGAGGAAAGCGGCUGAUGUGCAACUUCUGUCGCAAGAAAGGAGCCACCGUGGGAUGCGAGGAAAGAGCCUGUCGCAGAAGCUAUCACUACUUCUGUGCACUCUGCGAUGAUGCAGCAAUAGAAACGGAUGAAGUCAAUGGAGUCUACCGAGUGUUCUGCCCAAAACAUGACCCAGGCAAUAGGACCAAUCACUAUGAUGCAGCUAGUAAGAGGAGAAGACUUGGGUUGAAAUCUUCCACCGUCACGGAACAAAUGAGCACAGAAGAGACAGCAGAAGAAAACGGUUUACAAAUACUAAAAAGGAAAAACAACAGCCACAAAGUCCGAAUAGACUUCCUUAGGAAAUGCAAGCAAGCCGGGCUUCUGGAUGACAUAUUUGAAGAAAUGCUGGACACGCUUCACCUGGCACAGGAAAAACUGAUGGAUGACAACACUUCAGAAACAGAGUACGAAGAGACGGUGAUGUCGCUCUUUGACUGCAGACUGUUUGAAAACAUACUGACAAACGUUCAUUCAGGAACAGAGGAAAAAAUCCAGGAGCUUCUGGAAAGCAGAAAAAGACUGGAUAACAAGAUUGAGCUACUGCAGGACUUAAAAGAAGUCACCCUUCCUGCCCAAGAGAACACUGCUAGUACAUCCAGUACAGUGUCUGAAUAA